AAAAACCGAUAUCCUUGUGUAGCCGAGCAGCAGCCAAACACACACGGUAUUUUCAUACUUUUCCGAAUCCGAUUCUCGAAUCUUGCACAAAGCACAACAAUAGUAGAGUCGCGUGUACUCACAAGUAAAGUUCCACAUUUCACUUUGUGAUAAUCGGCGAAGGUUGUCAAUCGAUUGAUAAGAUAAUAUUGCUAUAUUGUUAACGUCAAUUUUUCUAAGGCCGAUCAUUGAUAUUGUUUAAAGAUAAAAGGAAGUUUCGAUAUUUCAAAAUACUGUUUAAGUCCACAUUGAAUUCUCUUCGAUUAAUCAUGCGUCGAUCAAAGAGAACGAGGGCGAAUAACGAAGAUGCGACGAGUAGUGCAAAAAAAUUUAAACAAUCGAAUCUCUUAAAUUUUGUGAGUGCCAAACAAAACAAGGAGGAAAACGGUAUUACGAGCGAGGUCGUAUCCACGGGGUCCGAAUAUAUUUCGAACAAAUUGUUAGCGAUCGAACAAAAUCUUUGCGCCAAACUGAAAAAUAUCACUUUCUCACCGCCGGUCCAAUAUAUCUACAAUCCGCUUGAGUACGCGGCCAAGACGCAUGCCAUGUACGUACGCAAAUACUGCACCGGUCCGAAAAAGAUUAUGUUUGUCGGCAUGAAUCCCGGACCGUGGGGCAUGUCGCAAACUGGCGUGCCGUUCGGAGAAAUAAAUAUGGUGAGAGAUUGGCUCAAAAUUUCCGGUCCGGUUGGACAUCCGCCGAAAGAACAUCCCGAACGAGUAGUGAUGGGAUUCGAAUGCCCACGUAGCGAAGUUAGCGGACAGAGAUUGUGGAGUCUCUUAAAAGAACUUUGUGGAACUCCGGAAAACUUUUUCAAACACGCUUACAUGCACAACUAUUGUCCUCUUGGAUUCAUGGACUCUACCGCUCGAAAUGUUACACCAGCUGAAUUGAAGGGUGAAGAACAAAGACUUUUGCACGAGGCGUGCGACAAGUCCUUGGUGGACAUAGCAAAGCUCUUGAAUGUGGAAAUCAUUGUUGGUAUUGGACAAUAUGCUGAAAAGAGAGCACAGAUUGCAAAACAGAUAGGAGGUCUUAAAAUACAGGUAAUGGUCUUGAGACAUCCAAGUCCAAGAGUCUCAGGUAAUCAUAAUUGGAAAGAAAUAGCUUUGGAGCGACUAAAGCAGUUAGGAUUGCUUAAAUACUUGAAACAGGACAAUUAAAUUGCUGUCUAAAAU